AUGCACUAACAACUGACAAUUGAUUCCUCAGAUUCCACACGCCAACAUUGCACCAACUCCAUUACAUGUGGUCGACACCUCCUCACACUCACUGCCUCAUCUCUGACCCUCCCAAACUCGAGAAUUGGACCAUGAGGUGAACGUUUCUGCCCUUGUCCUCCCCUCUCCAACUCGAUUCAUUAAGAACUCUCGAGGAGUUUCCCGCCGACCUACAGAAGCCUCGACCCUCUUCGUCCAGACCGCCGAUCAAGGCCCUUCAUCAUGGCGGGCUUUCUCGAAAGCUCGUACAGUCUGGUCCACUUGGACAACACAGCAGAUCAGCCUAGUCAACAAGAUCUAAAGACCCAACUCGAAAAGGGCACCGAUGAGACAAAGCUAGACACCAUGAGGAGGAUCCUCAUUACCAUGCUCAAUGGAGAUCCUAUGCCCAAUCUUUUAAUGCACAUUAUCCGAUUCGUCAUGCCAUCCAAGAGCAAACCCCUCAAAAAACUCCUCUAUUUCUAUUAUGAGAUCUGUCCAAAGUUGGACGCAAAUGGAAAGUUAAAGCAAGAGAUGAUUCUAGUCUGCAAUGGCAUCCGAAAUGACCUGCAACAUCCCAACGAGUUUGUCCGAGGCAACACUCUCCGCUUCCUAUCCAAACUUCGAGAACCCGAAUUGAUCGAACCACUUCUCUCUGCGGCGCAAACAUGUCUCGACCACAGGCAUGCAUAUGUGCGAAAGAAUGCCGUAUGGGCUCUUGCCUCUGUCUACCAGCACGCCCAGCACCUCAUUCCUGACGCACCCGACAUGCUGGCCACCUUCUUGACCGCCGAGAAUGACACCACCUGCAAACGGAAUGCCUUUGGCGCCCUCAUGACCAUUAGCCAUGAGAAGGCUCUGGCCUAUCUCACCGGUGUUCUAGACGGUAUCCCAAACGCCGAUGAGUUGCUACAACUGGUUGAACUCGAGUUCAUCCGCAAGGAUGCCGUACAAAACCAACAAAACAAGGCUCGCUACCUUCGUUUGAUUUUCGACCUUCUGGAGGCAAACACCAGUACAGUCAUCUACGAGGCCGCCACUUCUCUCACAGCCCUGACCAGCAACCCGGUCGCAGUCAAAGCGGCCGCUGGCAAGUUGAUCGAGUUGAGCAUCAAGGAGGCGGACAACAAUGUGAAAUUGAUCGUUCUAGACCGUGUUGACCAGCUCCGACGACGCAAUGAAGGUGUUCUCGACGAUCUCACCAUGGAAAUUCUCCGGGUGCUUUCGAGCCCUGACCUGGAUGUCCGGAGAAAAGCUCUGGGCAUUGCCUUGGAAAUGGUGUCGAGUAAGAAUGUGCAAGAGAUUGUCAUGCUGUUGAAGAAGGAGCUUAGCAAGACUGUGGUUGAACAGUAUGAGAAGAAUGCCGAAUAUCGACAGCUCCUGAUCCAGUCCAUCCAUCAGUGUGCCAUUAGGUUCUCCGAAAUCGCCGCUAGCGUGGUUGACGUGUUGAUGGACUUUAUCGCCGAUUUCAACAACUCCUCAGCCAUUGAUGUCAUCUCUUUUGUGAAAGAAGUGGUGGAGAAGUUCCCCGACCUCAGAUCAUCCAUUGUCGAACGCCUGGUGUCGACUUUGGGUGAAGUACGUGCCGGCAAGGUGUACAGAGGGUCUUUGUGGGUGAUUGGCGAAUACUCCUUACAAGAAAACGACAUCAAAGAAGCUUGGAAGAGCAUCAGAGCCAGUCUUGGAGAAAUCCCCAUAUUGGCAUCCGAGCAGCGUCUGCUGGAUGAACACGCCAAUGAAGAUGGCGAGCAAAAGGAACAGGUCAACGGACAUUCACAUUCCAACACCUCCAAACCAGCGGCUUCGGGAUCACGAAAAGUGUUGGCUGAUGGGACAUACGCCACAGAAAGUGCAUUGACGAGUGAUUCGGCAGCCAAAGCCCGAUUAGAAGCAGUCAAGGCCGCUCAAAAGCCGCCGCUACGACAACUGAUUCUCGACGGCGACUACUAUCUCGGCGCUGUCUUGUCAUCGACCCUCACCAAACUGGUCAUGCGACAUUCUGAGAUCUCGCCCGAUCAAGCUCGCACCAACGCCCUUCGGGCCGAAGCAAUGCUGAUUAUGAUCUCUAUCAUUCGUGUGGGUCAAUCACAAUUCGUGAAGGCCCCCAUCGAUGAGGACUCGGUCGACCGGAUCAUGUCCUGUGUACGAUCGCUGUCUGAAUUCACAGAGCGCAAAGAACUAGAAAUUUCAUUCUUGGAAGACACAAGAAAAGCUUUUCGGGCGAUGGUCCAGGUUGAAGAGAAGAAGCGAGCAGCCAAGGCAGCCGUUGAGAAAGCCAAGACAGCAGUACAAGUCGACGACGUCUUUUCCAUCCGGCAGUUGGCCAAGAGGAAUGCCGGCGAUGGCACAGAUGAAAUGGAACUUGACCUGGAAAAGGCCACUGGAGGAGACUCGUCGAUUGAAGAUAUGUCGUCGAAACUAAGCCGAGUCGUGCAACUCACAGGGUUUUCCGAUCCGGUGUACGCAGAAGCAUAUGUCAAGGUGCAUCAAUUCGACAUCAUCCUAGAUGUGUUGCUUGUCAAUCAGACCCAAGACACAUUACAAAACCUGUCGGUGGAAUUUGCGACACUGGGAGACCUCAAAGUGGUGGAAAGACCGACGACACAGAACCUGGGCCCGCAAGACUUCCUCAAUGUGCAGUCCACGAUCAAGGUGUCGAGCACUGACACUGGUGUGAUCUUUGGCAACGUGGUGUACGAUUCGAGCUCGGGGACGGACCAGCGCGUGGUGAUCCUAAACGACGUCCACGCAGACAUCAUGGAUUACAUUCAACCUGCGACAUGCUCCGAGUCGGCCUUCCGGACAAUGUGGACAGAGUUUGAGUGGGAGAACAAGGUCAACAUCAACAGCAAGAGCACGACCAAGACAUUGAGAGAAUUCUUGGACCAAUUGAUGAAGAGCACCAACAUGACGUGCCUGACGCCCGACGCCGGGUUGAAAGGCGACUGCCAAUUCCUCAGUGCCAAUUUGUACGCGAGGAGUGUCUUUGGGGAGGAUGCAUUGGCAAAUCUAAGCAUCGAAAAGACGGCGGACAAUUCGAUUGUUGGGUUUAUUCGGAUCCGGUCACGGUCGCAAGGCCUGGCAUUGAGUUUGGGGUCGCUGAAGGGCUUGAAAGCUGGAACGUAUUGAUGAGAAAGCGUCUUAUACGAAUGAUGUGAGCAACUCGGCGUCAUAUGAGGAUGAAGGUGAAAGACAGGUUGUGUUGGAGUCAAGAUGGACGAGUACUGUCAUGGGGUUGAGAUUGUUACUCUCGAUCCGGAUACAAAGACACAUUCAAGAGGUGUGACAUGCCAUGUCCAACUCCACUGGUCUCUAUAGUUGUAGGAGAUCAUGGAGUGAUGAAAAUCUGAUGAGUUCCAGGUUGAUA